AGUAAAUAUUAAAAAUUUGCCGAGCAGACGGAGACCAGAGAGGCACUAGUCUGAUAUAGGUCAGUCAAAAAGUGACAAUCAUGGCUAGUUUUUUUGGAGAAGUAUCGGAGCUUUCUUCUCGAGCUGUUGACGAUGAAGAAGUUGACAAUCAACCAAAAUUCGCAAUUCAACUGGAAACACUAGAUACUUCUAAGGCAUGUAGUAAUAUUCCCUGCAAAGCUGGCAUAUUUGCUGUUGGAGAUUCGCCUUCGGCUUUUGUGAAAUCGUACCUUUUACCGGAGAAUGCGACUGCCAUUGCAAAAGUAAAAUGUUUGAGGACACAAAACGACGAUAGUUCGGAAUUUUAUAAUGGUAUAAAAAAUUCACUUUCAUCUGAUGCGAGAUCCAUUGCAGCUAUAUAUCUCAUUGACGCAGACCAUUUAUUUUUCGACAUUUCUUCAAACACUCCAGAAGAAUUAUCAACAAUUCUAUGUAAUAUGCUGCACAACCAUUUCUGUUGUGAUCUUGGUAUUAUAUUAACUUCUGUCCAUGCUUCGGCAUUUAAAUCUGAGAAGGCUAUUUCAAAAUUGCAGCCCCGAUUUUUGAAAACGCUGACAACCUCCUCGUUUGCUUCAAAUUAUGCUUGCAACAUUCCAAAAUUGCAAGUUCCCAAUUUCUUAUCUAAAUUUCCUGCAGCCCUUCUCACAAAAUUUGAAAUAAGAAAAAAACCAGCACUGUGUAUCAUCAGUUAUGUCGAUACAAAUGUUGUAGAUUUUAUGAAUUCAGAGUUUUAUAAAGCUCUGUUCGAUAUUCCUGUCUUUUCCAACCUACAAGUGAAUGCUAAUGGGAACUCUAGAUUGUUUGAACUUUGCCGAGAAGCUCAUUGCAAAGCACCAAAUUUAUAUACUUAGAUAUGUUGGUAAAAUAAUGCAAAUAUGUAAUGGUCAUACCUUUUCUGUUUCACCAAGAACUAAAAAAUGAAAAUCAAUUCAGUUUUCUUUAACUGAGUUACCUUGUCUUUAUUUAUUUAUUUUUUUACAUCUAUGAGAAAAAUUAUAAAAGAUGUGCAAAAGUAUUCUGUUGCAUUGAAAUGUUAUCAAGAUUAAAAAAUUAUUAAAUACUGUAUUUAUUCCUU